AUGCUGGCUCUCGUGCAUCGUCCUUUCGAGGCUCUCUCGAGCACCGCCGGUUCCUCACCAGAUGAACUCAAAAUAAUUUUCUCCUUUCUCCUGUCCUACCCGUUAUCCGGCCUCCUCAAGCGCGUGCCCGACUCGAAGCCUUACCUCAAAAACAUAUUCAUCAUCUGCACCUCUCUCUUCUAUCUCGUUGGCCUUUUCGAUCUAUGGGAUGGCAUUGCAACCUUGCUCAUUAGCUCUACAGGCACCUAUUGCAUUGCAAAGUACCUGCGGAGGAGCCCCUACAUGCCAUGGAUUGGCUUCGUCUUUGUCAUGGGCCACAUGUCCCUCAGCCAUAUCCGCCGCCAGAUUGCCGAUAGUGCCCAGGUUGUCGACAUCAGUGGUGCUCAGAUGGUGUUGGUGAUGAAGCUCAGUGCCUUCUGCUGGAACGUUGCCGAUGGCCAGCUGGAACCGGAGCUCCUCUCUGACUUCCAAAAGGACCGCUCCUUGAAGAGUUUACCCCCGAUCCUCGACUUUGCUGGCUACAUCCUCUUUUUCCCCAGCCUGCUCGCCGGCCCUGCCUUCGAUUACGCCGAGUAUCGCCGCUGGAUUGACACAUCCAUGUUUGAUGUUUCCGCCGACGUGGAUCCGGCCAAGAGACCCCCGGUGCGGAAGAAGCGUAAGAUCCCCCGAAGCGGCACCCCCGCCGUCUUGAAGGCAUUACGCGGCCUCAUCUGGAUUGGUCUCUACGUUGCCCUCGCAGGUCGCUUUGGCUAUAUGCAGCUACUUUCUGAACAAUACGCGCGGCACGGCUUGCUUUACCGUAUUUGGAUCAUGUACAUGGUCAAUCUUGUGGCCAGGUUCAAGUACUACGGCGUCUGGACCCUGACAGAAGGCUCUUGUAUCCUCGCGGGCCUGGGUUACAAUGGCGUUGAUCCAAUCACAGGAAGGAUCUCAUGGAAUCGCCUUCAAAAUAUCGAUCCCUGGGUGGUGGAAACGGCUCAAAACCCGAGGGCCUACCUGGCUGGCUGGAACAUGAACACGAACAAUUGGCUACGAAACUACAUCUACCUUCGGGUCACUCCCAGGGGUAAAAAACCUGGCUUCCGCGCUAGUAUGGCUACAUUUGUUUCCAGCGCCUUUUGGCAUGGCUUUUAUCCUGGCUAUUACAUGUCUUUUGUUUUGGCUAGUUUGAUACAGACAGCGGCCAAGAACUUUCGCCGCUUUGUCCGCCCCUUCUUCUUGGAUCCUGUCACCAGCGGGCCGUCCCGCAACAAAAAGUACUACGACGUGGCAAGCUAUUUGGCGACUCAGCUGACAUUCUCCUUUGUCACAACUCCAUUCCUGCUGCUCUCUUUUGGCGGCUCCGUUCAUGCAUGGGCCCAAGUUUACUACUAUGCCUUUGUUUGGACCGUUGCCGCCCUCGUCUUCUUCGCAUCGCCAGGCAAGGCCAUGCUCAAGGCACAAUUGGAGAAGGCACAGGGUAAGGCCAGUUCGAAGCUGGUGCGAUCGAUGAGUUCCGACAGCCUAACGGGCAAGGAACCAAUAUUGGGCAUCUCCAGAGACCUUGAGCGUGACGUACAUGAAGCAGUCGAGGAGAUUAGGGCAGAAGUAGAUGCCCUACAAAGAAAGAAGGCUAUGUAG